CAUUAAUAUUUUAUAAUGGCAAACCUUAAGCUGUCUGAUUCUGAUUUAGAGAUGCUUCUAGAAGUCCAAUGCAUAGAUUAUUUUGGGUAUCCAGACCUUUCAAGUAAAAAGAAGGAAAUGGAUUCUAUGCACGCCACUAAGAGCAUGUCCUUCAUUAAAUCAAGAAGCAAGAAAAUAUGGAGCAAAUUAGAGAAAUAAGAUAGCUGUUUCAGAUCCUUCAUCUUCCGAUUUUUUAGACAAGGUGACAACCCAAGAACUUAAAUGUGUUGCGAGAGUUCAGAACCUUGAGACCCGGACUAAGUGCUUGAAAUGGCUAUCAUACAUCGGAAUCACAGUUGGGUUUUCCAUGUUUUAUAUAUACAUCAACUACAGAGUUCAUUUCCUUCAAAGGUUUAUGAAUAAAGCAACAUUUCUGAGGCCAAUAAAUUUUGCUCUUAUUGGUCUGCCAUACACUAUCUUCUGAUCGUAUAGUUAUUUCACUGAGCAACAGCAGCGUGUGUUUUAUCAGAUUUUGAAACCUCUGGAUGACCCCAAGGAAGCUCAAGAAGAGAUCAAGCAUAUUAUGAUGAUGAAGAAAGAGAAAGAAGCUAGUAAAGAAGCUUUGAACAAGUAUAAAUUUGAUCCUCAGUCUUAUCAUUAG